GAGGCUAAAGCCUGCAUGUCUGGACCCUCAUCGGGAAAAAGGGACUCCCUACCAAGCUACAGACUCGAGCUGACCAUCCGUACUACCGUCGCCUUGAAUGCCUCCAACCAGCAGUGUUUGCUGCCAGACAGACACCUUGAGAAGACAGAGGACAUGGUUAAGUUCAUGAAGGAUAUCUUGGAUGGUGCUGCUGAAGCACAGGCUGGUGAUGGACUUCUGCAACGAAGCAAGAGAGUCAUCUAUGAGGCCAAGGCUGCUGUAAUGAUAAACAAAGAGCAAGUGCGACUGAAAGAGCUUUGCAGAAAGCAGGAGUCAGCCACCUGCCACCCAUCCCCUCCUGAUCCCAACCCCAGAAACCCAAAGCAGCACUUGGCACAGGAGGUCUCUCGUGUUGCAGUCUCACCUUCACGCCCUGGAAUACUUUGCUUCAGCCAGCAGCAUGGGGUUGGAUACCAACAGCAGAGUCGACUUAACCUGUGACUAAGUGGACUUUAAGUGUUCUGACUCCACAGUAGAACUUGAUAAAGAAAGAUGUGAAUGGAAGCAGGCUCUGACUGCUCUGUGUAACUGAUGAGAAGCUUUCUGAAGGAGGUGAAUUUGUUUUACAGCCCUUCACUCAGCUGGUUACAGAUCUUCAAGGUAGCUGCUGGUGCAGUGUCUGUUGGAGACUGUUAGCCACUCUGAAGGAGGGAGUUAGUGGAGCAUCAUAGGAACAUGUAGAGAGAUUGGUCAGUAAAAGGCAUUUGUGUUA